UAAGGGCUAUAGUUUAUCCCUGCUGUGCGCUCUCCCCAGGCGCCAUUUUCACACAGGUUAAUCUGAAGGAGCUCCAGGAGCCUUUUGGUUUCGGGUGGCAAGGGUUAAAGCGUCUCUCUGCCAUUGGGCGGUAUGGAGAUCCAGCCAUCUGCAAGCAAAGCAGCUGUCGCCUUCGCCUUCACGCAAGAGAUCGGUGCAGGAAAACACUGUGGAUGGACCACGAGACUUGUUGAUCUCUUUCCGUUAGGAAGAAAAAGAAACGGGGCGAAAUGUUUAUGUUUGAAAAAGAUAAACGACGCGAUGUAUACAGGCUUUAUUUAAACUGUGACGUCCCUGUGUUUUUUCCAAUUUAAUGCUUUACUAUUUCUCACCGCUGUCAGCAAUGAGCCAUCACAUAUUGAGCUGUACGGGUGGGCUACAGCGGACCCUGCGCUUAACUCUUUAGUUACAAGAUGAUUCAUGGUGGACAAAAUUGACCAUUAAUACAGCAGCAGUCAAUUCAGCACCACUGGAGUGGACAGCGACUUCUUGAGUUAAGCUUUCAGCCACAAUGUCUCUGGAGCUCAAAUAGAAUGAAUCCCCUCAAACAUUCCCUGUCCCACGGACACAUUUGUAGGACAGUCCAUACAUGAAUUGAGAGCAAAAUGGAUAAACCAUCCGCGGGAAUGAGUAAAGUUGGCUCUCGGUCGACGGCCUCUCUCCCUCCGGAGCCUGUGGAUAUUAUUCGGAGUAUGUCGUGCUACCGGCGCGUCAAGCUGAACGUUGGCGGUCUGCCUCACGAGGUCCUGUGGAGAACCCUGGACCGACUUCCGCGCACGAGGCUGGGCAAACUUCGAGACUGCAAAACCCACGACGCGCUCAUGGAAGUAUGCGACGACUACAACCUGGACGACAACGAGUACUUUUUCGACCGGCACCCCGGGGCGUUCACGUCUAUACUGAACUUCUACCGCACUGGAAAGUUGCACAUGAUGGAGGAAAUGUGCGCCCUGUCCUUCAGCCAAGAGUUGGACUAUUGGGGUGUGGAUGAGAUCUAUUUGGAGUCCUGUUGCCAGGCGCGCUACCACCAAAAGAAAGAGCAAAUGAAUGAGGAGCUGAAACGGGAAGCCGACACUCUGAAAGACAGGGACGGGGAAGAGUUUGAUAAUACGUGCUGUUCAGAAAAAAGGAAGAAACUUUGGGAUCUGCUAGAGAAACCUGGAUCAUCUGUAGCUGCCAAGAUCUUGGCCAUCAUCUCUAUCCUAUUCAUUGUGCUCUCCACUAUUGCUUUGUCCCUGAACACCCUCCCGGAGCUGCAAGACACAGAUGAAUUUGGUCAGACUACUGAUAAUCCACAGCUAGCCCACGUGGAGGCAGUGUGCAUCGCUUGGUUUACUAUGGAAUAUCUUCUUCGUUUCCUUUCAUCACCAAACAAGUGGAAAUUCUUUAAAGGUCCCCUUAACGUCAUCGACCUUCUGGCAAUUUUACCGUAUUACGUCACCAUUUUCCUGACAGAGUCCAACAAGAGUGUGCUGCAGUUCCAGAAUGUACGACGAGUGGUGCAAAUCUUUCGAAUCAUGCGAAUUCUGCGAAUCCUCAAAUUGGCACGUCACUCCACUGGGUUGCAGUCUCUGGGUUUCACACUGCGACGGAGUUACAAUGAGCUAGGCCUGCUUAUCCUCUUCUUGGCAAUGGGGAUCAUGAUAUUUUCCAGUCUAGUUUUCUUUGCUGAAAAGGAUGAGGAUGACACCAAGUUCAAGAGCAUCCCUGCCUCUUUCUGGUGGGCCACUAUUACCAUGACCACUGUGGGAUAUGGUGAUAUAUACCCCAAGACGCUACUGGGUAAAAUAGUUGGUGGUCUUUGUUGCAUAGCAGGAGUAUUAGUGAUCGCCCUACCCAUUCCCAUUAUCGUUAACAACUUCUCCGAAUUCUACAAAGAACAGAAAAGACAGGAAAAAGCCAUCAAGAGACGCGAGGCUCUAGAACGAGCCAAGCGUAAUGGCAGUAUAGUGUCUAUGAAUGUUAGAGAAGCAUUUUCUCGAGGGGCAGAUCUUCUAGAUGUGGUGGUGAUGGACAAGGGCGAGAGGUCCAAUGACAACCACCUCUCACCCAGUCGGUGGAAAUGGUCAUCCAAACGGGCAACAUCUGAGACCAGCUCUAAUCGUUCCUUUAACCCAGAGCAAGGUUCCCCAAACAAGCCAAGGUCUUCUAGUCCACAGAGGCUUAAUGCACAGAAACUAGAAGAAAUGUACAACCAGAUGGCUAAGACUCAGUCACAGCCCAACCUAAACACCAAAGACAAAAAUACAUCCCGAGCAGGACACAGAAGGGAUGAAAUUGAGCUUGGAGCCUUGCCGGGUCAAGGAGGAGACCCGUUGAAUGGGGGUCGCGAAGGAGUGGUGGACAUGAAAAGUCUUUCCAGCAUUGAGAGCUAUAUAAGCUGUGCAACAGACUUUCAAGAGAACCCACGAUUUCCCUACAAUCCAGCAGGUGGCUUGUCUUUCCUAGAGAGCUCUCGUUUCUCCCACAGCCCUGGUUCUGGCCUCUCUGGUCGAGUCAGUGCUAACCCAAGUCUGCAAACCACCAUGGAACACGAGACCAUGCUCGCACCACCAUGUUCUGGUGCUAAACCUCUUAACAUAGACGGUUUACGCCAACAAAAUACGCUUGGAAGUUCUCAGAAAAUCCAUUCAGUCAAGGUAAAUCAUCGCAGUUGUGGGGAGACCAGCCUAUCAGGUGGUCCUCAGUCCGACAGCUCAAUUCUUUCAGACCACUCCAUCUUAAGUCCAGAGGUGUCAGUCUACACAACUGCCAGCAGCAGGACUCCAACUAAAACACCUGAGAAGAAGGCACGCACCCCUGCAGUCUUUACUUUCCACGACGCCUCCAUCAGCAAGUACAUCGACGCCGACACAGACGAUGAGGAGCAUUUGCGUGAAAGCGCCCCUUCGGAGCGCCUGCUGAGCUCCAAGCCUCGGCUCAGCGCUUACCAGGGGGGCACCAACCACCUGGAAGCCGCCCAGAGGCUGCUAGGUCAGAACUGCCUUUUUCCAUUAGGAAGUAGCCCAGGCGUUAGCCACGAGAAUCAUGUGGCUUCAGAAAACUCACAAAGACCCAAAGGGGACAGGGGACAUUCCAACACUUUUGAUAAGGGCCACUGAGGCCCCCGAGUCAUGAGUCCAAGAAGGUAAAGUAGGCCAAGUUCAGUCAAGGACACCGGAGGAAACAGAGACUAAUGUGCAUUGGAGAAUCAUUUUACAGGCAUCUGACCAAAGGGCCUACCCUGGUGACUUUAUGCGGGAGAGAUCACUGGAAAACAGAGGUCAUGUUACAUCAUUAAGAAACAGGAUCUUGAGGAUGUACCACUGCCUACACCUCUUGCCCUUUUUCUCCUCUGUAAACAACCCUGCAUUGGUGGGUCCCAGAGCCAGGAUCAAGCCAGAACAGAUCUGGCACAUAGUUGUUAGUGACAAGAAUAGAAUUUAUUGUAAAGCUUGAAGGCCGAAAACUUACCAGACAUUAAAGCGCACAUGUGUAUGGAAAAUCAAGGGGAUGGUCUGUCACUGCCUACGUUAGCUAGCCACUGUCCAGAGCCCACCUUAAAGUUUAACAUUAGAUACAAUACACCCUGUUUACUGGUGCACCUAAUAAACUGGCCUUGGGUAACUGCA